AUGUCACCGGCAACGUCUUUGGAGGGUCCUAGAGUUGUCUCACUCAAACACUCGAUACUCAUCAACUGGUUGGAUUGGUUAGCAUCAAUGGUGUUGGGACAUAGACAACUAUUGCCAAAGACAGUCGAGUCUAUUGUUAGGCUAAGACAACAUCCACAUUUACAGUCAAUCGCCAACGACAAUGCAGGUUAUGUUGUAUUGCAAUCAAUACUUGGACGUGUUGAUGUCUUGUGUGCCUCAGAUGGUCAACAAAGAGUGCACUUUGAACGUUCCAAUGGUGGUGACAAGUUAUCAAAGAUGGCAACACAACUCAAUAGACAUUGUAUACCUUUCAAUCAAGAGUUGCUCAAAUCAAUGACAUUCCGUGACCACGUGGCCAUCGUGUCACCAGUGAACCGUACCGAACUCCCCAAGCCCAAAGAUUCAAUCAUGGUUGACCUCGACAGUGUACCCUCACGUAAUGUUGUCGACUUGGAAAUGGACGAGCAGGAUCAAGAUGAUAAUCCAGCACUUCAGAACUGGGAUCACUUGUUCCAAAGUCUAGUGCCACUCGCUGAGGUCAAUGACAACUUGAGGAGGGACUCCUCCAACAAGGACUACUCAUUCAUUCAUUAUAAUGUACUUGAUCUGGAUGAUGACAAUGACACAUCGUUUGACAAUCCCUUGCAACAACAACAGCAACAACCAUAUCCUGGAGUUGAAAGACAGACUUCAUUCUCUGCCUCUGCAUCUUCACAAGACCCACACGAAACAUCGACAUCUGGAAUGAUCACUACAAAGAGACUGUUGAAUGAAGAGAUCGAUGCAUUAAUAAUGAUCAAGGACUCGCUGGUGGCCAAUCCCAUACACACGACCGGCAUCAAGAAGAACAUCAACUCGCUACUUGGCAUCACUGAUGUGGAGUCUGCCAUCCGACUCAUGGAGAUCAACGAGCUCGAGGAGCAGGCACUCACAUACUUUAUCAAUGAGCUGGUGUCGUUGGACCUCAGCUACAUCAUCGUCUCGGUCUACUUCAGGUUAUCGCUCCUUCCACGCGUCCUCACCGCCCAAUCAAACUUAUCGCGUGACCUCUACACAUGUCUAAAGACAUGCUUCAUCCGCCAUCAUACAUCAUUCAUCAAUGCCGUACUGAUGCCACUGUUUGCAGACAAACACAACACACAACAACUCAACGCAGCUCAGACUGAUCUAGUCAACAAGCUGCUCAAGGAUCAGGAUACGCCCACCGAGGUCAAGAUGAGCUUCAUCCAAAAGUUUGUAAUCACGCUGCGCACCGAACAUCCAUCACCAUUGAAUGACAACAUUAUCCAAGUGAUGCAGACCGUACUAAAUCUCAAACUACAACUGGACGACACACUUUGUGGCAAUCUAUUGGAGACCAUCUCACAACAUAGCAAGGCAUGUUCAAAGAACAUGAAGUUUGAUGCUCUGAUGAUGUCACUCAUGUCAUUCUAUUCCAAACAAGUAAUGUAUUCCUUGAUUGUUUGA